AUGCUGUACGAAUCGAUUCUAUUUGGAUCUACCUUUGUGAUGACGUCAUUCAUUCUCAUGACUGGCUGUUCAUCGAAGAAAAAAGCGGCUCCUUCUGUGGCACCAUCUCCACAAAGUGCUUCGAAGUCUCCAGCUACAACACCCAGUGUCGCAAAAUCUACAGUUAGUAAAUCACCGGCCACAGAGACAAAGGCAACAGAAACUGGCGAAACGAAGGAUACAACAAAUGCUGAAACAAAGAAUGAAGAGACAAAGGGAAAUGAUGAGGAGACGAAUGAUAAAACUGAGGCAAAAAAGGAUGAAACACGACAAGAAACGGUUAGAAAAGAUGACGAUAAGAAAGAUGAUGGGGAAAAAAAGAAAGAAGAAGAUGAGAAAGAAAACGAUAAAAAGGAAGAAAAUAAGAAUGAGAACAAGAAGAAGAAAGAAGAUUUUAUCCGUGCUGAUCCUACUGAACUCUCUUUCGAAUCUGCUACAACCAGUCAAAAGAAACUCCGUUUGAAGAAUUUGACCGGCAAGAAAUUGAUGUUCAAAGUGAAAUCAACAACAACUAACACUUACUUGAUCAAUCCGGUAUUCGGGAAAAUCGAGCCAAACAACUUUGCUGAUGUGAUGAUAACUCAUCGUCCAUCCGGCAAAAGGGAAGAUAAACUCGUGAUUGUAUCAUCUGAAAUGUUGGGAAAAGAACUCGAAAUGGCAAAAACAUUCAAACAAAUCAAGACAACUGGAAAUGAUGUCCUUGUCAAACUUGUAUCUACUUGA